AUGGGACCCAGUCGAAUCUUCCGGGCUGCGCUGCCCAUCCGGUCUAUCGGAUCGCCAUUGACCCUGGCACGACCAACUCUCCUCCAAUCCACAUACUCACUUUUCCAACCCCUCCGACAUGCCUCAACAGAAUAUGCUAGUCCCGAGCAGCACAUCUCCCCAGAGGAGCCAACCAUCACAUCACCCUCCCCCUCGAACACAGCAAAGCCUAGACUCCAAAAACUGCAACCACCUGCCGAGCUACGCAAAUACGCCUACGCCGUCAAGGCCGGCACUGUCGUGUCAGUCGGUCGCAUGCAAGGUACCGUUACCGUCUUGCACCGCCACAAUGCCUGGGACAAGCGCAUUCGCAAGUUUUACCCCCAGGAAACACGUUUCCUUGUCGCCGACCCCCAGAACUCUCUCCGCGAGGGCGACGUGAUCGAGUUCUCAUCCGGUGCUCCCAAGAGCCGCCACGUCAGCCACAUCGUCGAGCGCAUCGUUACACCUUUUGCCACACCCAUCCAGGACCGUCCGGCUGUUCUGUCGCGUGAGGAACGUCAAGCACAGCGUGAGCAGGGCUGGGCUGCCAAGUACCUGCGCCGGGAGUCGCGGCGACUUGGAGAGGAGAUUGAUAUCAAGCAAUACACCAGCAACCUUGUGAAGCAGGGCAAGCAGUAUUCGGAUGCCGAAUUGAUCCGCUUAUAUCACGCCAACGGGGACGGUCCUCGCGUUGGAAGAAUCAAGGGCCUGGUUCAACAGCGAACUGCGGCGAUGAAGGAGGCCCAGAGACCUGAGAAAGAGCGUGCUCGUCAAGACUGGCUCCAACGGAAGGAGACCUGGGAGCUCCACGAAGCUGCCCGUCAGCAAGCGAAGCAGCUGGAGGAUGCCCGCCAGGAAUAA